UUUUUGUGUUUUUUUUCUUCCUGCUGGUGCUUCUCAGCACCUCCAGCAAAGUAACAGCUGCCAAGGAGGAGAUUCAGGAGCACAGUCCGGUUGUGCAGGUGCUGGAUUGAGCAGAGGGAUGUGAGCGGACCAGUAAAGAUGACCCUGUUGGCGGGUGAUGGCUCUGACUAUGACUACAGUGCCCUGAGCUGUGCCUCUGAUUCUUCCCUCAACCCACCUCCUCUCCAAGAGGAAGCAGCCCAAAAGGGGGCUUUCUACAAAAGGGCUCAGCGUGCUCCUGAGCUCAACACCAUCCAUGAUGACACCCCGCUGUCCGCCAGCCGCAAACUCUUCGCCAUCAUCAAUGUUGGUGGUCUGCGUUACCAGCUGCCUUGGACCACCUUAGAGGACUUCCCCCUGUCUCGUCUGGGCCAGCUGCACCUCUGCAGCACCUUUGAUGAGAUCAUGGGCAUCUGCGAUGACUAUGACGUUACGCACAACGAGUUCUUCUUCGACCGCAGCCCCUGUGCCUUUCGGACCAUCCUGACAUUCCUGCGAGCAGGUAAGCUGCGCUCCCUCAGGGAGAUGUGCGCCCUCUCCUUCAGGGAGGAGCUGCUCUACUGGGGAGUCCCCGAGGAGAACCUAGAGUGGUGCUGCCGCCGGCGUCUGCUGCACUGUGUGGAGGAGUUUGAAGCGAUGGAAAGAGCGGAGGAGGAGGACCUCCUGGAGGAUCUGUUGGAUUCAGACAGUGACCACAGGGAGCAGGCAGCUGAGUCCAGAGUCGGUCGGUGUAUGGGCAAGCUGAGGGACAUGGUGGAGAGGCCUCACUCGGGCCUCCCAGGGAAGAUCUUCGCUUGUCUGUCAGUGUUGUUUGUCACCAUCACUGCCGUCAACCUAUGCAUCAGCACCAUGCCUGCCAUGAGGGAGGAGGAAGAGGCGGGUACAUGCUCCCAGAUGUGCUACAACAUCUUCAUCGUGGAGACGGUGUGCGUGGCCUGGUUCUCUCUGGAGUUCAGCCUGCGAUUCAUUCAAGAUCGCAGCAAGCUGACUUUCCUCAGGCAGCCCCUGAACCUGAUAGACGUGGUGGCCAUCCUGCCUUACUACAUCACCCUGAUGGUAGACAGCACCUCCAAGGGGGAGAAGCGGCUGGGCUCUGGCAGCAGCUACCUGGACAAAGUGGGCUUAGUGCUGCGUGUCCUCCGAGCCUUGCGCAUCCUCUACGUGAUGCGCCUCGCCCGGCAUUCCCUGGGCCUGCGGACUCUGGGCCUGACAGCACGCCGCUGCACACGGGAGUUCGGACUGCUCCUCCUCUUCCUGUGUGUGGCCAUCGCACUGUACUCCCCCUUGUUGUACUUGAUUGAGAAUGAAAUGGCCACCACCACACAGGAGUUCACCAGCAUCCCUGCCACCUACUGGUGGGCUGUCAUCACCAUGACAACGGUGGGCUAUGGGGACAUGGUUCCAAGGAGCAUCCCGGGGCAGGUGGUGGCACUGAGCAGCAUCCUGAGUGGGAUCCUUCUCAUGGCCUUCCCCGUCACCUCCAUCUUCCACACCUUCUCGCGGUCGUAUGUGGAGCUGAAGCAAGAGCAGCAGAGGCUGCUGCACAGGAGGACACAUUUUCUGCUGCGGAGCCGCAUGGCCGGCCUGGGCAGCAACCUGUCUUUGGAGAGCGACAUGCUCUUCCCCAUAGGGUCGUCCGACACCAGAGACAUGGAUGACUGAGAGUGUUGGACAGGCAGGAUCAGGCAAAGAGAGGUGACAAGAGCGAGGUAAUAGAGUCUGAAGGUGUGAAGAGGAGAGAACGCUUCUGACAAAUACAGGGUGAAAAGAAAAUGUAGGGUUCAAAGAGAAGUGUCUGUAAACAACAACAAGUAUUUUCCUUCCCAGAGAUGCAGCCUUGCUGUGUAGCACUGAACCUUUGAUUCAACAUCAAGAAUCAACAGGGGACGAGAAGAGGCUGAAAAAUAAGUCCAUCAUAAAAUGUAUUAUCUCUCCAUUAUCCCAUGGUCACAGAACAAUAAUAAUAAUAACAUCAUGUAUCAGAUUGACAAAAUAUACACAUUGUGAAAACUAGAACAAAGUCAUAAUGGCCAUAUAUUGAAAUGCACUGUAAUUCAGCUGGGAAUUUCUACGAGGAGCACAUUUCAUGGCAGUGGCGUCAUCUCGCUCCAACAACACUGUGCCAUGUUUCACCUCUGAAUAAACGUUGUAAUGGAUUUUGUUGGUGUUGUGUGCUACUGGGAGUUCCACAGUGUCACUUAAUGGAAGACGCUCUCUGCUUUUGUCAAGUCCCAAAGGUUAAAUGGAGUUUCUAUCUAAGAUGAAAAUGUGACCCCUUCAGUCCACGGAUUAUUUAGUGAACGACAGAGAAUUGUCGUGGGUUCCCUAAUACCUUCCUUCCUGGCUCUGCCAGCGUCCACACAUUAAUUAUGACGUGUUAAUUGUCCUUCUCCUACUCCUUAUAUGCAGUUUUUGAACACUUCUGGACAUUUUGAAAAUGUCAUUUCUUGUGCUUGUAAUUACUGCGGUCGCUGUGCAUAGCUGUUUAUAUAUUUUUCGCUCUCUCCGUAAAGUGAAUUCAAA